AUGCCUCUCCGGAGUAUAUCAAAACGAUGGCCGGACUACUACUCACAAGGUGCGCUCGAAUUGACGUCCGCGCAGGACGUGCAGCGCUUCGCGCGCUUUCUCGAUCGGUACGAAGACGAUGGGGAUGGGCGCCAAAGCGCAGAGGACGAUGAGGAGGACACGGACGAUAGCGAGGACGAAGAGGCGUACCGCAGCGCUGAGUCGACGCCUGGAACCCCCGCCCGUUCGUCGUCUCCAGAUUCAAUACGAGACUGCACGCCUUCGCCAUCCGCCGGCCCAUCGCGCUCCCAUCUGCGCAAUCUCACCCUUGCUAUCCCGCCCUCCGAGCUCACCGAAUCAUUCCCCACACAAGCCCUCGCGCAAAUUCUGUCAUCCGCGCACGAAUCAAUAACCUCUCUCCGUCUCGCGCACGCCGAAUCUCUGCUCGCGCGCGACAUCUCCCUCUUGCGCGCAAUCGCGCACGCGUCCUCAAGCCUAACGCAUCUCACGGCGUCGGAACUUGGCCCUCGCGCCUGCGAACUCCUGCGAAAUAUAGAGUGCCGACUAGUCGAGGUCGAGCUCACCUUCGACGACGCUUGGGUCGCGGCCGUCUGCGGCGCCACUCCUGCGGGCUCAGAUCCACAUCCAACCGGAGCGCACCAAUACGCGUACGUCCCAGCGCUGCCCAACGGCAAAUCGACCGGACUACCUACACCCGCGCCUACACCAGCAACGACACCAGCCGCGACCGCCACCUCUCAUGUACGUACAUCCCUACCGCUCCCCGAUCCUCUUCCCCUCCUCGCGCACUCUAUGGAGACGUUGCGCGUACUGCACGCGUCAAAUGCUGUGUUCGUCGCGGUCACGGAUACUCUGCGCUACCCCGCGGUGCGCGAACUCCGCUUACGCCUCGUCGGCGUCCCGAUCGUGACCGCGCUCGUGCACGCGUUCCCCGGCGUGCAAAAGCUGUACGUCUACACCCCAUACGACGGAUGCGCGUGGUCCGGCGCGGCGCCAUUACCCGGGAUCGACGCGACGCGCGAGGCGAACCGGACGUCUCAAAUGUACAGCUCGUUCUCGCCGAUGCUGCGCGUGUGCGGGUUCGCGCCUGGGCUCUAUGCAAUGGGCCUCACCUGUCCGGUCGAGCACCUCGAGGUUGGGAACGUCGCGCCGCGGUUAUGGGUUGGCGCGGGCACUGCGCCGGGCACGAAGGAGCGGAAACCGACGGGCUUCGGCGCGAUGAUCGACAUCAGCGGCGGGGUGGGCGUGAACGAGGCGGAGAUGGUGCGGCGCAUCGUCGCGGAUACGAGGCCGCCGACGGUGGGCUUCACGCUCGGGCGCGGGUGGUGGGCGCCAAAGGCGUAUGCGGCGCUGAGCGCGAGCAGGAAGGGGAGGCGGGACCCGGAGAACGAGACGGAGGCGUUGAGGGCGAUGUUUGAUCCGGGCGAGGAGGGGAGCGCGAGUGGGUGGGCGGGCGUGAGGGCGCUUGUGGUGCGCGUCGAGGAGGCGGGCACUUGGCCCGCGGUCACGAGGGACCUCGGCGCGAUGCUGACGCCGCUAGCGGACUCGCUCACGACGUUUGUCCUUCGCUGGGACAGGACGUCCGUCCCGUUCGACCGCGUCCCGCCCGACGAAGACGAGCCCCAGCAGACCACAAGCGGUCCGGCGUGGCUGCGCACGGAGGCGCUCGCGCGGCAGCUCGCGGAUGAUCUGCCCGCGCUGCGGUACGUGUGCGCGGAGGUCGUGCGCGACGCGCCCGCGCUAGUCUCGCGUACGCCGUCCGGCGGGGGGACCCCACGCGCCCCACGCUCGAUAUGGUCUGCGGACUCGGCUGAGGCGGUCUCGGGCGCGCUUAGCUUGAAGGGCAAGUCGCCGCUCGGGUCCCCGGCGCUGGCGGCGAACUUGAAGGCGUCGUUCGCGGCGGGUCCCCCAAGGAUAGCGGUCGAGCGCCGGUUUUGGAGGAUUGAGCGGCCUGUGGGCGGGGAGGAGGGGAAGCCGGGGUGGUUGUGCCUCGAUGCGUUGGAUAAGGAGAUGGGCGCACGGGUGUUGCGGGAGGAGGGGCUGGGGUUCGAGGAUCGCGUGCGGUAUUAG